AUGUCACAAGCAGCUUUGACUGGAGCAGGGUCGACUUCGGCCGCCAAUCGACCAGCCAAGUGUCUCUCCCGAGACCUCUGCGUUCACCGGCACAGUGUACCGAUAAAGCAUCAGUCUGCGCCCGAAGACUUGGAGAGCGCCGUAGCCCGGCUGAUAGAGGUGCGUGGGCUGUUUUGGGAAAACUGGAAGAGCUACCGGGAACUUGCGUGGAUGAAGGAUGCGCCGCUGCCGGUGAGCGGCGGGCCGAGGGAUCAGUCCUCCGGAUGGGCGGCCACCUUGGUCGGCUCGUUGGACACGCUGUGGAUCAUGGGCCUGCGAGAUGAAUUCGACGAGGCCGCCGAGGCCGUCUGCCGGAUCGACAUUGGUGUGUCGACGAGCCCAAAGGCCAACACGUUGGAGACAUCCCCGGCGCGUGGCCCAUGGGGAUUUCGAUGA